CACAACCAACACAAACACACAACCAACAACAAAACGCGCCAGACAGGCAGGGCAGAGGCCGGGCGGAAAACGUUAGAUAGGGCUAUUCUACCCCGGCGUCCUAUCCGACAGGGGAAGACGGAACGAAGAGGCGUUUCGUCUGUGCUUAGGCAUCCAACAGAGCAGGAGCCACGGCGGAGGGAGCAGCAGCAGCUUAUACACACGUCAAGGAACCCUGCUGCUGUUUGUGUAUGACAACUUCAGGUCCCGGAUGGGUCGGCCAGGAAUGGCUGCAUGGGGAGAUAGCUCCGUGGUUGGGAGCGGAGGAAACCCUCCGACGCACCUGCAGUGUGUGCCGAGCAUGGCGACAUUGGUGCAACAACUACCUGACGGUCUUACACAUCGGCAACGACCACCAGCACCUCCACGGCAGCAGCUGCAGCGUCAGAACAGCGGGGCUCUCAAUUCCCCUCUUUCUGCCGUUGGUCCCCUUUGCUCUGAGAGAGCUUAGCAUGUCCGGCGGGUGGACUUCCCUCGGGGGGGUGGAGCUCGGCACCAUCCGGAGAGGCUGUCGUCUCAAGAAGCUCGUAGUGACGGGCAUGCGGCUCUGUUCGUUCUCUUAUCGAGAGCUUCUAUUGUUCGAGCACCUAGAAGAGCUCGACAUCUCGGACUCACAGAUGGACAUCCCGCUUCCCCGGUUGCGGUUUUCCGAGCCCGCUAGCGGAAAACCCGACCUUGACGGCAUUCCGCAGGCGGAACCGGUUGCGUUGUCGCCCCCCAGACGCCCCUCCAUAAUAUUUCCCAGAGCCCGUUCCGGUAGGGUAGUCGAGCAGGCUUCGGGCAUAAGCACACCCUUCGCUCCCUCUACUGCUUCCCGGGUCGGGGGGGAUAGGAGGAGGUCUCGCGUUUCUUCCGGUGGUGAGUUCGGUGACCGUGCAUUUGAUUCGCCGAGGUUUGCGGCGACUCUCAAGAGGCUCGUGGCGGUGAAGACGAGGCUAUGGAACCGGUGGGACCUGUCGACGUUCGCCGCGCUAACGUCGCUCGAGGCCUCCUUCGCGGGGAGGGCCAUGCUCAAGCAGCUCCACCGCAAGGCGGAGAUGGGAAGCAGACUGGCGGAGCUGUGUGUUUGCGAUCUCGCACUUCGCAACCUCGUUCGUCCAACGGAGCUAACGGAGCUCGCAGAGGCCGUCGGCGGAGCCUCGACGUUUCGACUGCGGCGGGUCGACGUUGUCAAGGAAGUCCCCAACUUCGCCUAUCUACGCGCCAUCUUCGGGCGAUUGCAAAACCUGCAAGUGCUGGAGCUGACGGACGUCGCGCUGGAUGACAGCAUGCUAGCCGUCCUCGGCGAGGCCUUCUCCUCGGCGCGGCUACCGCCAGCAGCCGUGGAAGGAGCGGCGGCAGCAGCACGCGCACAGCCGUACAACACGUUUUUUCCGAGCGCGAAUGCCGUCGCCGCAUCCCAGCAAGACGGAGGAGAAGGAGGCGUGGCGGUAGCAAGCCUGAGAACCCUGGUGCUCGGGCGCUGCGGCGGGAUUUCCGAAUCGGCGUUCGAGACAUUUCUUGACCUUGCCGCGGGGGGCGGGGUGAUCCAGGCGGGGUUGGUCGGCAAACGCGGCAGCGGCAGCGAAGAACGUGGCGGCAGCAUCAGGAAUAGAAAGAACAGCGGGGGCAGUGACGGAGGGGAUGCAGCGGCGGUGGGUGCUGCCUACGCUGGCGGCGGGCUUGCGCUGUCACGCGUGCGAUUGGAAGGGUGCAGGGCGCUGGGGAACCGGGGGCUUGCCUUGCUGUGCGAUGGCGCGAGGGAGCGACUCAGCGACAUCCAGGUCGCCGGCAGCCUGCUGCUCACCGAUGCUGGGGUGGAGAAUCUAGCCAAGUCUUGUCCGCGGUUGAAGCACGUAGACCUGUCGGGAUGUCCGGGGGUGACGAGCAAUUCCCUGACCCAUCUCCUCGCCAAGUGCCCGACGCUGCGGGUAGUCAAGGCGUGGGGCAUCAGGCUCGCGGGAAGCCUGGGGAGCCACGCCGCGUCUUCCUCCUUCUCCUCGCCCUCCGCGGAGGCCCUGGCCCUUGGGCAGUCUUUCGAGGCCCGGGGGGUCGAGCUCGCGUGGGCGGGGCCCCUCCCUCCUCCGAGUGGAAGGGUGCGAGAACUGCCCCCCCCGCGAGAGAAGAAGCCCGGUCGUGAGCAGUGGCGACGGGGGCACGGGUGUGGGGUUGACGGCGGGAGUGGUGAGCGGCCAGAGCCAGGAGGCGAAGGAGCUUGGCUUGAGGAGGGGGGGCGCGGUCGAGACAGCGAGGUGGGGGGUACGGGGCAAGGGCGACGCCCUUGCAGGCUGCAGUGCGGGGCCGCUCCCAAGAUCGAAGACGCUGAGGACCAUUUGGAGGUCUGCCCCCUGGCCCCGGUUGACUGCCUGCUCCGAGCGGAUGGGUGCGUUUGGAAAGGGACGCGGCGGCAGCGGCGGCGGCACCUAGCGGCCUGCCCCAUGUGGCAAGUCAUGUGCCCCGGGUGCUGCCGGGCGGUGCACGUCGCGGAGUUCGGCAGGCACCUACUCGGGCACUCCGCCGCUAGCGAGUCCCCGGCUCUCAACCCCCCCGGCUGCCCCCUUCGCGCCUACGGUUGCCUCGCCUGCCGGGCUGCUCCCCCUGCCACCACCAAUAGUUGUAGCGGCAGUGGAAGCAGCAAUAGCUGUGGCGGCAGUGAAAGCAACGAUGACGCCGUCGCCAGCACCGGUCCCAGGAUCGGCGAUCGCAUCCCCAACGCGCGCGCCUCCUACGAGGCGGCGGCGGCGGCGGCAGCGGCGACGGCAGCGGCAGCGAAGGCGGAGGCGGAAGGAGGGGACGGGGUAGGAGAAGAAGGAGGGGGGCGCGGCACGGAGGGGAGAGGGGAAGUGGCGGGAGGGCGGCAGGGCAAGGAACGUGGCCGCAACAACCUGGGGACGUGCCCAUGGUACCGGGUCCUCUGCAAGUCCUGCGGACAGGAGGUGGGCAGGAGGGAGUGGGACGCCGGGGAACACAAUUGCCCGGUCCAACGAAGGGUGGAUGUGCUGGCCAAGCACGCCUCUGGGGCCGGGAAACUCCGUAACCGACAAUGGUUGAUCGUGUACGGGUACCUCGGAAGCGGCGGCAAGAAAGGCACUGCGGAGGGCUGGGAAGACAAGGACGCGCACUUCCACGGUGUAAACCCCAUGUGUGCCAUACCCGACUCCGUGCUCUCGACGUCGCUGCCCCUGCCGGGCCCGGCCGGGGCUCCCGUGUCGCCGGCAACGCCUCCUUCGUAAUAUCGCGUUUUUUUUUUUUUUUGUCGGGUGGGUUGCCGUGUUAUGCGUUGAGGGCGAUGCUGGAGAAAGAGAAAGAGAGGUUUGAGUUGUGGUCGUGGUUUUUUGGGAGGAAGUAGAGGGCGCUGUUGAUGGAGGAAGAGCGAAGAGCGGUGUGUUUGUCGCAGACGGCUCCGUCACCACCCCGUUGUCCGUCCGCAACAACAGCAACCAGCACAAGCUUCGCUGCAGGGUCGACACGUCGCAAGAAUUCGCAAGGUUUAUUUUAGCGAACGGCGGACAGCAGCAGUUGGAGGUUAGGUUAUGUUCGCCCUCCUUCGGGGAGAAAAUCCCCUUUCAUUCUUCCAUGUGCGCUAAAUGAUGAUUGCCAUGUAAGGCAAAGAUGCGAGACGUACGCAUACAAACGAUUACACACGCCCCGUAACGAGCGUGUAGCGUGUUUUACUUAGAGUCGCAACAAAAAAAAAAAAGUGGUCAACUUAAGUGUUACGCCUAGAUCCAAGCGGGAACCCAUCGCACUCGCGCCUUGCUAAGAUUUAGGCGGCGUCAUUCCGAGCUGCUUUGUGCUUGGCCAAAGCUAUGCAUGCAGAGGGAAUCUUCGUGUUGUUGUCGGGAGCAAGUAAUUUUGGGGGGUCCGGUAGUGACUUGCUCUUGUAGUGGCGUGGUAUUACUGUAGGAUUGUGGAGAAACAGGUCCGGGUAGGAGAAGCAUCAUCCAUCCGCGCCUGGAUGAACGAAGAAAACAUACACCCGAGGAUGUUGACACGAUUGAAAGAUGCUCCGAGGUUAGGGUGUCAAUUCGCUGGGAUUUGUCCCAGCAGGUUUGGUUGCAUGGUCUUACGAAUGCCCAACGCUGUUUUUCUCACGUUGAAUUUUUGUCGGAGCGGAGUAUUCUUCAGCAGCUUGAAGUUUUUGGGGGAGAAACACACGAGCGUUUCUUUUUUCUCAGCUGGUCAGAAAAGGAGAGCCUUGGCCCUCCUCGAGAUGGAACAGCAAAGGAAAACAGAGAAGAAAACAUGGUGUGUUUAGUAUAUAAGAAGUGAAAGUAUUCUGUUUUAGUACGUAGAUAUUAGUUUGUUCCGAGGUUGUGAAUUGAGUCUUUAGUGUAGGAGCAAUCGUGACGAGGAGUCACGUGAUCGAUUGGGAGGAAUCGCAGUUUUGAGGGGCCCUCCUCGCUUGGUAUGGGGAGGGAAGGUCCUUGCACCUUUUGUGCAGCUUGUUUGAGGCAAAUGUCCAAUCCCUACGCUAUCUGUCUGUGGUCGACGAUAGUCUUGGGGGGCUUUUCAAGAGUGAUGAAACUCGGUGUUGAAAGGUUCUUGACGGGAGGCAGGCAGAACCGGGCCUUGACCCCCACGGUCUGUGCUAUCUAUGUGUGCUUUUUCGUGCUAUCUAUCGUGGCCGCCAGUCUACACGUUCCAUAUACUGUGUUUGACGCACCGACCGCGU